UUUUUUUUAGAUAAAUAAUAAAUCGCUCUUUUAAUAGGAUUUAUUAAAUACAAAUAUUUUUUUUCGUUGGUUAAAUAAUAAUUUUCAAUGGCUAAAAACCAAUCAUAAUUGUUUAAUAAACUUUCUAGAAACAAGUAUUACAAGCUUCGGCUUGUUAUUUGGUCCAUCCAUGGUAAUAAGUAAAUUGAGUAUUUUCGGUUUAUGAUCAACAUUUGGACAGCUGAACGAAGUCAUUUGUCAACGUCACACAUUUCCAUUUUCCCAUUUUCGGAGUUUUCUAGCUGUCUCGAGCUGUUUCGGGGAGUCAGUUACGCCAUGUCCUGUCUAACGAGCAUUUUGCAGCUGCUGCAAUUUCUGACAACGCUUUCGGGUUGCAACAUUUACAGAUAUGUCGAAGGCAAGCGGAUAUUCAGACUGAGCCCGAAGAUUAAUUCUCUGGUGGGGGCGAUGCACAGAUUCUGGCUGAGACCCUGGCUGGUAGUGACAUUUCUGAUGCACUUAAUCUUCUGGAUGGUGGAGUUCCUCAACGGAAUGGCAGACCCCAAUCCCGGAAGCGAAAGGCCCCUACAUCUUAUCUACACAAUGGGACUGACCAUCGCCUCCACCCAGAAUUUUUGCAUCAGCAUUGGAAUCGCCUAUCACUACAGGUAUCAUCGUAAUCUGAUGCGACAGGUGCUUAACGGGUUUGCGAGUAUCUAUUUUAGCUACGAGAAAAUCUGUGGACGGGCUCCGAAAAUAAACUGGUGGUUUUUCGGUAUUCAAACUUACAGAGUGCUUAUCGCUUCCUUUGUGCAUCAAAAAACAGCGAUUCUAACUUUCGGAACAGGAUCCCAGAUGAACAUAGUUCUGCGUGUAUUUGGAUUGCUAUUCGUUUGUGUUCAACCCUUUUUAUUGGCCAUGGUUGUCCAUUUGGGCAUCUUGAUUCUUUAUGCCUGCUACGACAUCCAGAUAAACCCAAUGCAAAGUCGAAAGUCAUUAAAACUCCAUGUUUUCCACCGAAAACUGAUCAGACUUAGGCACAAAUUCGAUUGUCUGGCACGACCCUUUGUGUGGACGGUUUUGCUGGAGAAUUUCCUACUCUUUAUAGGAAACUUUCAUUUGGUCCUGUACGAUCAGCAUUCAGUUAAACAUCUUGGCCAGAGUCUUUUGGGCACCUUCAUUUUUCCGAUUGUCCUUCUACAUGUGAAUGUGGCCAUUAAGUCCGCCGAGAAAACGUUUGGCCAAUUUAAGGCCAACUUUAGGCCACAGAGACAAACCCAAAUGCUUUGGCUUUACAAGCAAAUAAUGGCAACUACAGCUGAUAGAAACAAUGUCUUUCGCCUGGAUCGGGGACUAAUUUUGGAAAUGCUUCGACUAGGAUGGGUAUUUGCCAUGUUUGCGAAUAGCUUGUUGCUCAACAGCACGGCCAGGCUGAGGCAUUUAGAGGCUGUUAAGUAUAAGAAAUUUCUUUAGUC